CUUUUUAUAGAUUGAACAGGUCAUAGAAAUGUGAUUAACAUAGAGACUUCCGGUUCUAACAGGCGGGAAUCCCUUCCGCGGCAAGGGCAUCCCCCAACCGGAAACAUCCGACACGCACCAAUGACAUAUUUUCAUAGGUAGGAAUCUACUUUUCAGCUGUCAUGGAAGAAGUUUCCACAGUUAAGGUGAAUGAGCAUGUUUCUGUGAGGAGAAAUCGAGACCGGCUCUGACGAGACGUAGGUUUCUCACAUCUCGAUAAAACUCGUGGUGACAUUUGUUAUGACGUCACACCAGUGAGCAUCAACAAAGUUGAGCAAGGGCACCCUCAUCAGUUUCGGCACUUCAUAGUCAUUUUACUGAUUUUAAUCCAUCCAGCAAAAAUGUGAAAACGUUGGAAUGAUAUUUUGGCUAUCGUCUGAGUGGUACAGCACCAGGCAAAACUGCACAACAGGCAUUUAUUUUGGGAAUGUCUAGUGGCAGCAGUGGACGGCCAUCUUGGACAUUAGGCAGCAAUAGUUCACAAGUGCGCCACACCAUCGAAGGAGUUGGGAUGGAGAAUAUUCAUGUUGAUCCUAGGAAACAAGAAUUACUAGAAGCAAGAUUUCUGGGCGCAAGAAAUCAGGGUUUGCUUGGUGAUGUAAAAGUUACUGAAAAUAACUUUGUCGCUCAGAAACAGUCAUUCCCAUCAUUGGCAGUAGCACCUCACACAACAGCAUCAUCCCAACCAGCCCAUCAGGCAUCACAGCAAGAUAACAGUAAUCUUAGCAGUGGAGGGGCUUCUAUUGAUAGAGAGGAUGGCGAAGGGCCUGGACUGCAGACACCUGAAAAGGGCAGCAAACCAGCAGAGAGGAAAAGGAAAAGAAAAUCAGCGGUUGAAACUGGUGAUGCAUUGGCAGUGGCAGUGAAAACUACAAGAGCAGAAACAAAUGGGAAGAAGAUUAAUGAGUAUUUUAAGAAUCAGUCGCCUAGUAGAGGGCACCAGUCUGCAGGCGCAAAAUCACCAUCUCCACAGGGUUAUGCUAAUUAUGUAGCAACUUCUCCUGGAUCCUCGUCAAACUCCAUUGCAGACAUCAACAUGGCAUUUGCUGCUAGAUCUCUAUCAUCACCAGCAAUGGGUCCUGUCAGUCACAAAACAAUACAGACGGAUUUGACUAUGAAUCACUUGCAGAUCAUGGAGAAACAUUCGCAAAAUGUGUCUGACAUGGAGCAGAAGGACUCAAAAAUAGAUGAACUUAUCAGACAAAAUGAUGAGCUACGACGACAGUGUACUGCUCAGCAAAAGCUAAUUGAAAAGCAUAAAGAAAAUUUACAAAAGUGUUUGGAAGUCAACAAAUCACUUUUGAUAGAAAAGAGCACAAUGGAGAAAAAGACAACUCGACAAAAGUGUAUGGAAAACAGGUUGCGAUUAGGACAGUUUGUGACACAGCGGCAAGGAGCACAGUUUGUAGAAAACUGGGUUGAUGGUUGGGCUUUCACUGAUCUGAUGAAGCAGCAGGAACGAAUUGCUGCAGAGAGGGAUGACAUAGACAAACAAAGAAGAUUGUUGAUGAAAAGGAAACCACCUACAUUACCUAAAAAUCCCAAAACUACAGACAACACUUUUGUCAAACCAGGAGAAAAAUACUUGUCAUUAGCAGACUUUUAUGAGCAAGAUGAAAUUCUGAAACUUCGGCAAGCAGCACUGAAAAAGGAAGAUGCCGACCUUCAGCUAGAAUUAGAAAAAUUAGAGCGUGAGAGGAAUCUUCAUAUACGAGAACUCAAGCGCAUCCACAACGAGGACAACUCAAGGUUUAAAGAUCAUCCAAUCCUAAAUGAACGGUAUCUGUUGCUGUGUCUUUUGGGAAAAGGUGGCUUUAGUGAAGUGCACAAGGGUUUUGAUUUGAAAGAGCAGCGGUAUGUUGCAUGUAAAAUUCACCAGUUGAACCGCGAAUGGAAAGAAGAUAAAAAAGCAAAUUACAUCAAGCAUGCAUUACGGGAGUACAACAUUCACAAGACUCUUGAUCAUCCAAGGAUAGUCAGACUCCAUGAUGUGUUCGAAAUAGACAAUAAUUCGUUCUGUACGGUGCUGGAAUACCAGACGGGGAACGAUCUGGAUUUCUACCUGAAACAGAACAAAGUCAUUCCAGAGAAGGAGGCCCGCUCCAUCAUUGUGCAGACUGCCAGCGCCCUCCGCUACCUCAAUGAAAUAAAGCCUCCUGUGAUACACUAUGAUCUAAAACCUGGCAACAUUUUGCUGGGCAGUGGGUCAGUUAGUGGUGAGAUAAAGAUUACCGACUUUGGGCUGAGUAAAAUAAUGGAUGACACUAACUUCCAGCCUGAAGUUGGUAUGGACCUCACAUCACAGGGUGCUGGAACAUACUGGUACUUACCACCAGAAUGUUUUGUGGUUGGGAAGAAUCCCCCCAAGAUAUCUUCCAAAGUUGAUGUUUGGUCCGUAGGCGUCAUAUUCUAUCAGUGUCUUUAUGGCAAAAAGCCCUUUGGUCAUAACCUGUCUCAAGCGGCCAUACUGGAAGAAAAUACCAUUCUGAAAGCCACAGAAGUAGAGUUUCCUGCUAAACCAAUUGUUUCACAGGAAGCCAAGAAUUUUAUCAGGAAGUGCUUGCAGUACAAAAAAGAGUUGCGUCCAGAUGUGUUGAUGAUGGCCAAUGAAGACUAUCUGAAACCCGCAGCCCUUAGGUCUAAACACAACAGUGAAGUUACAAACAGUAACAGUGUUGGUAGUUCUGGGCCACCUACAACAAUCACAGUCUCACAAAGUCCGUCUUUCACGUUUGGCGACAAGUUCUCCUAGUCAUCCAUUUUCAGGGCCUUCAACCCUGCGGUCCUCUGGGACCCCUUUUUAUGGGACACUUUGAAUUAGUGUCUCAGAUGAUUGUCUUGAAGGUUUGCCACCAACUGUAUUGCAAAACUAAUGUGAUCCAUCAGUGAGCCCUCAGACGGGCAGGACAGCAUUUUUGGUUAUUCCACAACCGUUGUGCAUGAUUUAAAUGACCAGUGACAAAACAUGGAACACAGUGUGGGAACAUUCACACAUAUUGGGUGAUGGCUACUUGUGUCCACUUGGAAUUUUUAAAAUUGCGAGUGCCAUGGUGGUAGCACAAGUUUGUGCAUACCCAUACUAUUGUAGGAGCAACCAGCAUCUUGCUUGCAUGUUGUGUAUGUUAGAAGUUAGAGAGUGUGAAUGGGAGUGUGCUGUCAGAAUGGGAGAAAGAUCAGACUGUAUGCAAUACAGGCUGAUAGAGUGAUAAGUGAGAUGCUACUUGAAAGACUGCCUAUAAACAGAAAGCUGUUCUGUAGACAAUAGAUCAGGAGACAGUAGGAGUGAUGAAUGUGCAAGAGUAUAAAUAUUUGUGCUCAUGUGCAUGUUGUGUGCGCAUGCAUCUGACAAGGGUGAUAAAAAAAAAACUACAAAAAAACAAACACUUGAACAUGAUUGUGGAGAUGCUUGCUGGUGAGUGAAUAGGUGGAAAAGUUGCUUGUUUCAACAUAAGUUGUGGACAACAGCAAUUCGAGGAGCCAUUCAGCUGUAAGAUACAUCUUUGUGGUGCAGGAAAGUCAUAGACUGUGUGAGGCUGAAUUAUUCUGUUUCAUCAGAGUUGUGCUUACAUUUCUAGCAGAAGUUGGCUAGUUGAGGGCCACCCACAGAAAGUGUUCAGUGUGCAAGUGAUGAGGACUGUAAAGAUGUCACCCAAAACAAACCCAGGGGGAAAGCUUUUAUGCUGUGAAUGUUUUAAGAUUUUGUCAAUUUAUUUUUAAUUCCUUAUUUAUUUUUUACAUUGCCUCUCUCUUCCAUUUAUCUGUUCCUUUUUUCCCUUCAAUCCCCCUUUUUCAUUUCCCUCCCCUGUUUCACCCCUUUUAUCUCUUGGCUGUCUAUGGCUGUUUCUUUUCAUUUCAUUCUCUAUUUCCCUUCUCUUAUUUCUAUUACUAAUCUGUCUUUCACUGCUUGUGUGUCUUUCCCCACCCUCUUGUGGCGUCCAGAAAGGAUUCGCUCCAAGCUAGCAUGGAAAAAAGUAAUCGUUUGCAAAACUCGGCUUCAUUGUGGAAGUGAGAUUCUCAGUCAGCAUUCAGUGCACCAGGAAAUAAUGUAGUCUGUGUAACAGCUUCAAGGCAUUGGACCUAGGUUGAUACCUUAAAGGUUUACCAGAGUGCAAAAUUAUUUUUAAACAACACUACCAGAUACGAAUUCCAAAGAUCUGAGCAAAUAACUCCAUUCCAUUUGUGAUAUACAAGCCUUCAAACAUUAGAUGUUCUCAUUGUGCAUAUAAAAAAGGUCAAAGCCAUGAUGUUAUUGUGUUACAGUAGUUAUCAUUCAUGGAUAUUUUUAAGUCUUGUUUGCUCCCAGUUCUCCCAUUGACUGUGGCCUUGCUGUCUUUCUUGAAUGAUGUUGAGGCUAGCAUGAUAUUCAAUGCAACUGUGCUUAUGGGAUAAAAUCAGUGCACUUUGGUAUUAAUUAAUGGAAGCACUUUUAAAAAUAAGUUUUAUUCACCUGUCUGAGCUAAGCUUUGAGCUCUGGUAAACCUUUAAAGCUAGAGCAAAGAUUGCAAGUAUCCAGUUGUGUCAUGUUAGCCUUUUGCAGAGUUCCAAGAUUUACCAUGCUGCUAUGGUAAUGAAGCCUUGAAGAGGUAAAAAAAACCAUCCUGGUCUGUAAGCAUUGUCUCAUGAAACAUUUUAGACUACCAUGGAUGACUGGGUGAUAAACAUUGUGUCACCUCUGUUAAUGUUGUAUAUGUGCAAAAUUUUGCAAAGUCCUUAUCAUACACAGUGAAAAACAAAGAGCUUUGUCUACCAAGCUGGGCUUCUAGACGUGUGGAUGCGAGCUUCUGUCUUUCUGCACCAGCCCUUGAUUGAAAGAAACAAGUGGAUACAUGAGUUUAAGAGAAGUUGAGAAACAAAAGGCCAUGACUCUGAGGUUACAGAUCCUCCAGAUAGCUGACUGGCAUUCAGUUACUUUGCUUUCGUUUUGUGGCUUCACAGUUCUUUAAUUAUUUCAUUUCCUAGAUACGCUCAAGCACUGCGAGUCCUUUGGACCUCACCUUACAGACAGUAUGACCAGAGUUCCUGAAAUCAUUGUGUAAUGAUGUGAUAUAAUAAAAGUACAAAAUAUUUGUAUUGUCUGCUUUAAAGGAAGCUUUAAUGUUACCGACACCACUUUUGUUCAUGCUCUUCUUCCGAUGUCAUCUGCAAAUGCUGCAUAUGCAGGAGGAAUCUGUGUUGACAUACUAAGUGUUUCACAAUCUGACUUGCAUGGUUGCUCCACCAUUUUGACUGUGCCAAAUGACGCUGGAGACAGUGUAGCCAAGGACGAUGACUUUGAAAGAUCUGCAGUUAGGCAAAGGGAUAAAAGAACAGGCUAUGCUUAACAUCAUGACGAUACUUUGUGCAAAAAGUUGGCCCUGCUUCAGUUAUGAUAUGCAGGUAACCUGCUUGAAUGAGAUUGCUUCAAAAAGAAUGAAAAAAAGACAGAUGAGAGAGAGAGUGCGCAUGAUCCAGAUAAGUUCCUCAAAGUUGUGAACAGCUAUUUACCCCUUGUCUCUCCAGGUGUUCACUCGUGAAAAUAAUGGAAAAAAAAAACCACUGUCUCCAUAACCCGCUGAAUGAAAUACUACUCAAUUUGUUGUAUUUUUCACUUUGACAUUUUCAAAAUUUUUCCAUCUCCGAGUAUUCACUCUUUUUCUAUCUGCCCGGAGAAAGUGUGGCAAACAUACAUGAAAAUGGAGUUUUUAAAUGAUCCCGUCACAAUUUAUACAGACUUGUAUCUGUUUCCCUUUUAGUGUUAUGCAAGGUUUCCGCUGCAUGACUGUGUUACUUGUACAGUUCAGACCAUUUUGGGCACUUCUUCCAGUCAAAAAAAUUAGAGGAGACACCUUGUGCUUUCUUCACCAUAUUCCAAAACAUCUUUUAUCUUGCUGCUCGAUUUUGAUUUAUCUGCAAGUGAAAGUCAUGAGAUCUUCAUCUCUGAAUGCCUGCUUUGUGACACACAGUUGCCUAAUUGCAGAAAAGUGGUGACAAAUUAUUUUUGUAGUUAGAACUAUUGCAGUAAUGAGUGUCCAUUUACACUGUCCAUUUGCAGAGUUCAGGGAGGAAAAAGUGUUCAGAUUAUGUGCUGUCUUUAAGGAAAGUAUUAGACUGCUCAUACGUCUGCAUGUAUGCUGAAACAAUCCAUCUUUUCAAAAGUUAAAUCACAACAGCUAUUUAUUCAGUGUUUAAAAGUUUUUGCCUUUUCUUUUAAUCACUUUAAAGGCAUUACUUUUCUUCAAAUACCAAAUGGAUUUUUAUAGUACAAAACUUUAGUUAUUUUUUUCUCCUUUGGUUUAUAUUCACCUUCAUAUAAAAGGUCAUUAUACUGCAAUUUAUUUUUCUUUUAGGCACUUGUACAAACUACAAAGGGAGUGGGCUGAGAGGUGCGACACACUAAACUUCUUAUACAGGUUUGGGAGAAGAGCAGUGGAAAGUUUUUCACAUGUUAGUCAUCGCUUUUCACUUCUAAGGAACCAUUUUCCACCAGCGUUUUUUCUAUCUUGACUGCUGACAACUGGCUUAAAAAUAUUGUGCGAUAUGCAUGAGCUGUUUGCCAUAAAAUGCAACUAUUGUGGAUUUUGUUCAUCUACUGGUGAGAGAGUAAAGUGACGCAAAACACGAACGUUUAAUAUAUUCCAUACCUUCGGUGCGUAGACCUACAUCAUAUGGAGAGUUUGAUUUUGUACACAGCCUUUGGAUCGUGUUGCUUCCAGCUGUCACAGGACUGCAGAUAUUGUGAAGUGCUUUGUUCUGCGUUGGAAGUCGAGAUGAACAUUUCUCUACAGCUGUCAGAUGUACACAGACGUGAAUCAAACAAGGAUUUCCAUUAACAUUUUGAAUCGUGUCGUGCAAACACUUCAGAUUAAAACUGAAAUGAGUCUCAUACUCGCCUCUAAUGUCUUUUGACUAGGAUGUGGGAGGGACAAGUGGGGGAAAAACAACUCGCGCAACGUCUCCAUGUGAGAGAGCGUUGGCGUGGGUACAGGUGCAUCUGCAAAUCUGCAUUGGUGGUGUGUGACGGUUUUGAAGUGACUAUGAGGGACAUCUGUUUCGCGCCUGGUGUGGUUGCAUGCCUGAAAGCAAGAGGUACAUAGCGCCAGUGCAGUUUUCCCAGUAUGUGGUGCGAGCGAUUGCGAACCCAUGAAUGUGUGGUAUUCUGAGGUCAGGUGGGCAGAUGUGUACGGGGUGUCUAGACCAAUGUGUAAUAAAGAAUGCUCGGACUAUCUCAGUCUGCAGAAAUAAUUA